CCACUGACCAAUCAGCAUAACCACAUUAAAACCCACCAGCACCACCAUUUCUUAAAGUGGCAAUAAAACGUCCAGAUUCAUUCACGUCAUACCUCCUCUAUAUUUUUCUUUCUUUAUUUAUUUAUUUAUUUAAUGCGGCUAUGUAUGUAUGUAUGUAUGUACGUAUGUACGUAUGUAUGUAUUGCAGAAAGAACCAGUUGUUGGUCAUUUACUGACUUCAGUAAUCUGCCUGUGUUGUUUUGAGCAGUUGAGUUGAAGUUAAAAGACAGAUAUAACAUUAAUAUCAUUUUCCUAUAACUACAAUCUACAUGGUGAAGAAAUGAAGAGUGUAUGCCUGUAGUUUGAAUGCGUCUGUGAAUUUCAGUGAUCACCACUCCGUGAUUUACGUAACAUUAUAGCAUCUCCGGCCUGUAUCUACCAAAGGUUAAUGAAAAUGGAAAAUACUCCACCAUAUUUGAGCAAGACAACUGAGCUGGACUGGAAAAGCCAACUCCAGUCUCGUCACAGUCGAAGAAGGACAAGAUGCAUAAAUGAAAUUCUGGUAAAAGAAAAAUCAAGUCAGUUGGGUCUUAAUGAUUUCUCUUCUAACACUUUGUUUAAUAGUUCUGGGAUUCUUAAGAGAAAUUACAGCUAUGAUAGUAGUGUCUUGUCAGACUUGCCACCAAGCCCAACAUCAUCAAGUGAUGAAGAUUUUCUAACAAUGAAUUUAAUGAAUACUGUUAAUAGAGUACUCAAGAAACGUAGUCAAUCAGUACCUGCCUUACUACAGAUUGACAUAUACCAAGACCGUGCCAUGCGGCUGAUGAGGAAACGCCAUGGCAAAAUAUUUGAAAAACGGAAAGUUCUUGAUGAUGAUACAUUUGAUUCCUUUGACAAUUCACCAAAUGACAUGCAAGAAUUUUCCCUCAGUAGCCCACAGGAUUUUGUAUUUACCUUUGAUUAUAAUGAAAUCAGCAAAUUAAACAAGGAGUUACUUUCUAUGGACAAUAAUAUUGAAGAAAGUUUGAGUGCUGAAAAAUUUCCUGAAAGCCCAGAUAGAGUUUUAUUAUUUAGUGACUCUGAAAACAACAAUAUUUUCCAUAUAACACCCAGUAUGGUAAAGUCCUUUGAAAUCCAACGGGAAAUCCGUCGUAAAAGACGGAGAAACAAAGGAACACAUAGUUUUGAUGACACUUGUUUACAUAGAGAAUCUUGCUGAAUUUUGGGCAGUAUGCAUUUGGCAAGAGAGUCAUUCCACAAACUUUGUAAUGUAAAUAAUGCUAUUAAAUCAGGAAGAUUCAUAUACACAUACACAAAUCUAUUCACAUAAAAGAAAGAUACAAUUAGGAACCAAAAAUAUUUAAAGCAUGUGUAUGUAUGUACAUAGUUACAUACAUAUAUACAAAGCUAUAGCUGACCUUACUUCAUCGUGGGCCACCAUCUUGAUGUUAAAUACAAGGAGUGAUUGCAUUAUUAAAGAUAGAAUACAGUAUUGCAGAGGUAUAUUCCAAGAGGACAGCCUCUCUGUGAUGUUGUUUAUCCUUUCUGGAAACUCCUUGUCAUUCAUGUCAAUGAAGUCUGAAGGAUAUCUCACUGGUUCACAAGAAAAAAGAAAUACCAAAAUUAUACACCAUUUCUUUGUAGAUGACUUGAAAAUAUAUGCAAAGAAUGUGCAUGAAAUGAAAAGAGCCUUGACCUGGUGACAACAUUCUCAAAGGAUGUGGGGUUGGAGUUUGGUCAGGAUAAAUGUUGCUAUAUGGUUAUGAAAAGAGGGAAAACUGUAAAACAGACUAACAACAUCUCCAUCAAUGACCUACCUGUUUC